AUGGCCAUUGACAAGCAGAAGCAAGAGGUUUCAGUUAUGUCGAAGAUCGAUAUCACAGAUAAUCACAAUCUUUCCUCUUUAUCUUCCAUCACAAAAUCACUGCUUUUCUCCCCAAAAGAAAUAUUAACCAGUGAAAGAGGCGGCCAUCGGGCCAUGGAAGAAGAAGCAAGUUCGGAGAUGGAAUUCACGAAUAUUGAGACAUCCGCAGAGUCACUAGACACUUCUGUGAUUUUUCACGUCGUCAUCGAUAUUCUUGGCUUCAUUCUCUUCAUGCACCAACAAAUUCCUUCUGUAUUGCAGGAUCUUAGUCAGGAAUUUGAUGAAUUGCGUGCCGAGUACAACGAUUUGGUGGACCUCACUCCACAAAGUGAAGUGAAGGCAGUGUCUUUAAGGAGAAAUCAAGCUGCAAGAAAGAGAGAAGUAAAAAUGGGAAUUAGAAGGCUGGAAAAAUUGAUGAGUACUAUUUCUAAUCUCAAGAGUGCUGUUCAAUUAAUGAUCACUGAGGUUCCCAAUUUGGAGACAGUGAUUCUGGUUCUUGGACCUAGUCCCUUAAGGCCUCUACAUGUUUAUGAGCUGUGUUUUUUGCAAGGAAGAAUUGUUUCGGGUGAUUUUGGUCGAAGUAAAGUUGCUGAAGUGCUUUCAAGAAAGGCGAUUCGUACUUUGAUAUCAAGUGGCGCAGGAUCGGAUUCAUAUGCUGGUCCGACGAAGUUGUUUCUAUUGGUUAAAGCUCCCUCUUCAUUCAAUAUUCCUUUGCAUUUUCUCCCCAAGCGCGAGUUUAGAUACAAUAAGAAGAUAGUGCCCUUUAAAUUACGGUUUAAGCGCAGAACUCGAAAUCUGGAAGUAUAUGCUGAACCAAAUGAUUGUCAAACUGCUACAUCUGCUGGUUGUUUGGAUUCUUCAUCCACCGAUUUGAUCUGGUUUCAAUGUCGACACACAAUCAAGGGCCUGGCUUCCAGAAGGACGCCUGCUGAGGAGUGA